CCAGCAACUGAAGAACUGUUAGUUUUCAAAAUGUCACAAAAUCUGCAUUCCUAUUUUAAAAUCUGACCAAUACGUGUCAGUGAAACUCAGUAGAGGAGUUUCCAUUCAGAUUUCUUCCUUAAAUAUGAAAUAGUGUGUAAACCAAAAAAAAAAUGCGAAGGAAAGCCACUGCUACAAACCCCACGCAGCUGAGUGCACUGGGAAAUAGUGCGAGCGAGAAAUCGGGAGAAAAAACACAUUUGAAGGUGAUAAAACAGAUAGAAAGACCUUCUAAAACUCCAGCUGGGAAAGGCCUCGGAAAAGCAGGAGCCAAACGUUUGGGCCGACUACUGAAACGAGCUAUCCCUAACCAGGAUGAGGCGACAGGAAAGGCGAACGCUUCUCUUCCCAAGACUCCCGUUCGGCUUUUCAAGCAUCAGAUUCAAACAGAGGCUGGAAAUGCACCCAAGACAAAUUCCGCAAAGCCAACCUCGCCUCACAUCUCCCAGCUCAUCCUCAGUGUGGUUUCCCAGUGCAAACACAGAGGCGGCAUCUCCAUGGCAGAACUUAAACAGAUGCUGGCAGCUGGAGGCUAUGAUGUAGCCAAGAACAACAGGCGAGUGAACAUAGAGACCAAGAGGCUGGUUAACAACGAGACACUUGUACGAACUACAAGAAAUGCAUCAUUCAGACUCAACCAUAAGAAGCUGACAGACACAAUUCAAGUGAGGACGAUCCCAGUGAAGACUCCAAAACCAAAAGCAGAGCUGAAGCUGACUCCGAAAACAGCAACAAGCAAAUCCCCCAAAGGAGCAGAGAACCAAAAGAGACGAGUGUUAAAGCCAAACCAAACCAAACCAAAGAGCAAAUCACACCAAACAAGGGCAACACCUCGAAAAGUUAGAUCACCCAAUCGAAAACGCAAGCGUCGCAGAAUGGCGGUCACAUCGCACAAACUAGCACGCAAAACUCGCAAAGCAGCAGCCAAAUCACACAAACAAAGAAGGAAGACAACCAAAGGAAGAAAAUCACCAAAACCUGCUGGCAAGAAACGCAGACCUGCAACGAACAGGGGCGCACGAGUUCGAAAGGCACCGAGGAAGGCUCAAAAGACUCGGAGACGCCGACCAAACCGAGUCCAAAAUCGGCAUAAAAAGCAAGCAAGACGGAGGCUUCCAAAAUCAAAGUUGAGAUCGAGGAAAAGCACUUACUACUACCACUAGGCUGAGUCUUCAUGGUAAACAGUAAUAAACAGAACCCGUUUUUAGCAUCCUGAAAUACACUUAGUUCUAUGUUGUCUUUGUGUUCCUAUAUCAUUUUUUCUUCACUUCACUGUACAGACCAUAGAUCGCAUAAAAGAUCGACACAGUUUUUUAGACACUAGUUCUGAAAACUGAAGCUUCGGUGGAAACUUGCCUUUCUUUUAAAUGCUCCUUGGGGGGCGAUACCUGUGGUUGCAAAAAGAUUGUGUAUUGAGGUCAGACAGACAUGUGAUCAUUAACCAUGUGAUUGCCAUUUUAAAUGGGUGAUAAUGUAGGAUCAAGUGAAUAAGGCUUCAGUCACACGAGCCUAGAGACAGCCUGUAUCUACCUGGCAACCACCAGUUGUGAGGGAAAAAUGAGUAUUCCCUAACCUAUUAUGAGUGGUUGUUGGAGGUUGAUGGGCAGUCUCUGGGGAAUUGAUUGCUGAAGUCCCAGACACACAAGCCUAAAGGCUGUCAGUGAUCUCCCUGGCAAUCACCUGUUGUUAGGGAAAAAGGUAUAUUUCCAGCAUAAACCUCCUUGUGAAUGCUUUGAUCAGCAGCACAUUUUUGCAGUUUGAAUGGAAGUGAUGAACUUAUUAACUUCAAAGUAAAACUUUCACCCUUUGAAAUACGUUGGCUGCAGCACUGAGGCUGAACUUUAUUUUGAAGGCAAACAUUCGCCAUUUCGUGUUGCAUUUUUUCAAGUUUUACUACCGCUAGACUAGUAGUUGGCAAGUGCUGGCAGAUAAAAACUGCAGGCAACCGUGGCAAUCUGCUAGUAACCAAACCAAAGUGCUUUUAGUGCAGCACCUUCUCUGCAACUGAUUUUAUCCUGGGAGAGCCAGCAACCUCCAGAAACCACUGUCAGCCAGUUGGAGAAUACACAUUUCCCUAGCAACCAAGUGAUUAUAUGACACCCAAUAUGGACUCUCAAAGCAUUGUGCACAUGAUGUCACUUGAAAAACCUCACUAGAAGACAAUUGCAAAACAGCUCUUGGACUUGACCUCUGAAUACUAUCUUGAUGAGUUUAUGGGCUGAGUCAUGAGACUUGGGUCAUGUUGAAUAAAAUGUUAUGUCCGUU